UCGACGCGAUGUGAUUCGAAAUUCGAACCGCGCGGUAUUUGUGCUUGGAAUAAAAAAAAAAAAUUCGGAAGUGACGUGAGUGGAUUUGAAGUUUUUGAAAUUGAAAUUAAGUGUUUGAGAAGUGUCGAAGAUUUGAGUGUUUUGUUGUGUUUUAGACCGGAUUUCCUGUUGGCAUCUGAAGUGUUUUGUUUGCUGAAAUUGGAUAUAGUGCGGCAAAGUGAGGUAUCGACUGGGAUUCAAGGAAUGGACAAUAAAUGCGUAACGCAGUGAUGCAAGAGCGGUGAUACCCCAGACGGCGACAUGGCGAAUUGUUGCAUAGUAUUGACCAUCCUAUGUGCCUCACUGUUAUCAGUGGGCAGCACACACCGACACGGGCACGAUAUCUCAACAGAGGACCCGGACCUCAGCGAGGCGCAUGACAACUCUACACACCAUGGCAAGGACCGCGGAGGCUGGUCGCAAUGGAGCGAAUGGUCGCUCUGCUCGCGAACAUGCGAUGGUGGCGUGUCGCGACAGCUGCGAACAUGUUCGUCGCCAGUCGGUUGUCGGGGCGAGCCGGUGCGGUACAAAAUUUGCAAUAUGCAGCCUUGCCGCGGCAACGUAUCCCUGCUAGAAGAGGACAUAUGGCGCGAGCAGCAAUGCGCAGCACACGACAACACCGCUUACGGCGGCGAGUUAUUCCACUGGAGAGCCCACCGAGAUGACGCCGAGCCUUGUGCGCUUACCUGUCGCGGGGAACCGCAGCACGCAUUGCAGACUGAACCCAGUUCAUCCCUGGACGAGGAUGACCGUGUCGUUGUUGCAGUCCUGGCGGCACGAGUGUCCGACGGCACGAGGUGUCGGCCUGGCAGCCUGGAUAUGUGCAUCGACGGACGUUGUCAGCGCGUCGGCUGCGACCUGCGCGUGGGCAGCACACGCCGCGUCGACGAGUGCGGCGUCUGCGGCGGCGAUGGGUCCUCCUGCUCAAGGCCGAGAUACCACUGGCUCGCUACCCCGGGAUCCCUGUGUAGUGCUACAUGUGGUGGAGGCUACAAGAUGUCGCUUGCAGUCUGCCGCGAUCGGUUGACGGGGUCAGAUGCACCUGAGCAGCUGUGUGACGCGUCCAGCAAACCUCAGGCGUCCAUCGUUCCGUGUAACACACAUCCGUGCCCGUUCAAAUGGUACGUUGGGGAAUGGUCUUCAUGCAGCGUGACCUGCGGCGGCGGGGUGCGCUCGCGUCGCGUUCUGUGCGCGCGCUCAGCCAACAUGACCAGAGCGGAUACAUACGAACCUGGUACGAGCCCAGACCCUGGUUGCGUGUCUCCAGCGCCGCGCUCAACCCAGCCUUGUAACACUGAGGACUGUCCUGUGUGGGUCGAAGGGCCAUGGUCAGGGUGCUCAGUAUCCUGCGGUGAAGGCAUCCAGGUUCGCGGUGUCGAGUGCACGCCAUCUGGCGGUGGCUGCGAUCCCUCCACUAGGCCAGAAAUCUCCAGGCCAUGCUCUACUGGUAUCAGCUGCAGGGAGGAAGAACCUGAGGACGAUAUCGAAGAACUCCUCCCAGGCGUAGUGUAUCACACCCAACCCCUCAUACAACCAUACCCGCCACCUCAAGCGAAGGCCGAGCGCCUCAUCGGAGACCCGGACGUGCCGGUCGAAGCCACCAAUUACAAAAUAUUCUUUGCGUGUGGCUGGUUGUAUGUAAGCUACAUCAAAGAUGACGAAUGGGGGCCGUGCAGUGUCUCGUGUGGAGAGGGUUGGAGAAAAAAAGAAGUACAUUGCAAGAUAUUCCUGGAGUUCAGUAGGACUAUAGCAAAGCUGCCGGACAGUAAAUGCAUGGGGCCGAAACCAACGGAGGAAACUGAGAGAUGCGUGAUGGAACCUUGUUCGUUGGCUUAUGGGACUUCGUUUGGGGAUUCAAGCGUGCCUUCGUAUGGUGGGUCAGAUAGCAGGUCACUGACCUACGGCACGUCGAGCAACAUUAGGGUGGCACCAGGGUCCCCCGGAAAGUCUUACUCUUGGAAGGAGAAGGGCUAUACCAGCUGCAGUGCCUCCUGUCUCAGUGGUGUUCAGGAGCUGAUAAUCCAGUGCGUGAGAGAUGAAGAUGGGAAGAACGCGUCGCCCUACAUGUGCGAUCCGCUCACCAAACCUGAGAACCGAGUCAGGACUUGCAACGACCAUCCGUGCCCGCCAAGAUGGAACUACACUGAGUUUUCCCAGUGUACAAAAUCCUGCGGUAUCGGUAUACAGACGAGGGAAGUUUCGUGCAUUCACGAGGUGACACGCGGUGGCACGAACACCGUAGUCGUACCAAAUAGCAUGUGCCCUCAACCUCCUCCGCCGGACCGCCAAUACUGCAAUGUACUGGACUGUCCUGUUCGAUGGCAUACAGGAGAAUGGUCGAAGUGCUCCAAGACUUGUGGUGGAGGAAUAAAGACUAGAGAUGUGGAAUGCAAGCAAAUAAUGGCCCAAUCCCACGUGGUGGAGCGACCCGUGUCUUUCUGCAACUCUCCCAAGCCUGCGCCCACCAAGUCCUGCAAUAGCAGACCCUGUCUUCUGGACACGUCAGCUCCAGAGAUCCAGCUUGACAAUUCAUCGUAUAUACAGCACGAUCCAAAGAAGAAGAAGGUGACGGUGAAAGUGGGGGGUUCAGCCACCGUGUUCUACGGGACGCAGGUGAAGAUAAAGUGCCCCGUCAAAGGCUACAAUCGCACCAAGAUCCAGUGGGCGAAGGACCACCAGAUCAUCACCAAAUCCAAGAAGUACAAGAUAUCGAAAAAGGGCGCUCUCCGCAUAAACUCACUAUCGCUCCGAGACCACGGCAUCUACACAUGCGUUGCUGGCCGCUCCAGCGCCAACCUGACGUUGCUGGUCAAGCCCCGGCCAGGCGAGUUCCCGUCCAGCGAGGAGAUAGAACGGCAUAAAGCGUUGGAUGAACCGUCGUCGCCUUUGGCUGACAGCAGAACAGAUGGCCGCUACCGGGCCAUGGUGGGAGGCAGAUCGGACGACCAAUCCCACGAGCAACGGCCCGGUGACACGCGGAAAAGCUACAAAGGGAAACAGAAGGGUAAAAUAGACAAAAUCCGAGACGCCCUCCACAACCCGGUGACAACAAAAGCAUCUCCCACCUACAACUCGCAGGCCAGAGAUAUUUACGACGAAAACGAGGAGAGCGCCGUCUCCUCCCAGAUGCUCCCCCCCAAGCCGAGCAGUGGCUCGCGGCUGCUGCCAUGCUUCCACUUCCUGGUCAUGCAGAUCCAGAUGUUCUGGAAUUUCCAGGGGUUCGGCAACUCGAGAGGACAACGGAUGGUGGAUCCUCUUAUCAUGUACCAGAACUACGGGACCCCUAUCAAAGCCCACAUCAUCAAUUUGGAAGACAAACAAAUUGUUUUUCCUGAAGAUGACGAUUCUGAUAUUAUUAUUGUCAAUGAAGAUUAUGGUAAAAAUACAAUUGAUGAAGUUAGAGUUGAGAAUUUGAAAGAAGAUGAUGAUCUUGAAACAACUACUGAAGUCAAACGAGUGGAAGCCGUGGAUGCAAAAGUGUACGCGUGGAAAACGACAGACUGGUCCCCGUGCAAUGCUCCUUGUGGACAGACAGGCCACCAGGUUAGAGGAGCUGUUUGCCAACACAAGAACGACAACUCAACAACAACCGUAGAGACAGAAGAAUGUCUCUCUCGUGGCUUGACGCCACCAUCCGUGCUGAUCGCUUGCUUGAGCGGCGCGUGCGCAUCGUGGAGGGCGACACCGUGGUCGGGGGUUCGCUGUCUUGCCAGCGGCGCUGCCGUCGUCCGCCGCCGGGUGGAGUGCGUCAGCUCCAACGGUACCGUGCUGGCUCCAGAGGCGUGCGAUAUCAGCGCGCAGCCAUUGAAGACUAGACGGGAGCCGCAGCCAUGCAAGGCGACUUGGACCGUCGGGCCAUGGAGCAAGUGCAUAGGCCCCUGCAACAACCCAGGCCGGCAACAUCGCGUGCUCCGCUGCGUCUGGCGUCACAACCAAUCACAGAAGCGACGCAAAGAGCGCAGCGCGGGCGCAGCGUGCGAGUUCCUCAGGCGGCCUAGCGUCAUACGGCAGUGCGACGUUGCAUGCCCGCGAGAUGGCGUCUGUCGCGACACAUCGCGCUUCUGCGAGAACGUCCGUGCCAUGAACAUGUGCGCCCUCCAGCGCUACAAGAUGCAAUGCUGCAAGACCUGUAACUAUUAGUUCAAUUACGCUAAACAAUUUAACAAGUAAUUAUAUUAUAUCAGCAAUUCUAUCAGUUUGCUGAUUGACGGUCAGCUAAGACUUGUAGCGUUUAUUUUAACAAUUCAAGUACGCUGAAUGCUAUUCCAACGUCUACGCCAUGAACACGUGCGCGCUAAAAGCAAUGCUGCAAGACUUGUAACUAUUGUUCAGUUCGUUGACUAAUUCUAUAAGUUUGCUGAUUGACGUCCUUCACUUUGUUGGCGUAAUUCUAUCAGAUUUUUGAUUAAUCUACUGAAGGAUGUCCUAAAGGAUGCGCUGAAGUCAUGAUUUGUAACGAUUACUUAAACAAUUGACGCGUUGGCUAUUCACAUUUCCGUACUUUAGCGCUACAGACUGCAAUGCUUCGACAGGCACGUUGAAUAAUAGAGGAGUGUCUAUUAAAAAGGGCUUAUUUCUCUAUGAAAACUAUACAAAAAUAAGCCUUUUAAAAAAAAUACUCAAUUCUAUCAUUUGCUGACUAAUCAGUUUGCUGACUGACAUCUGUCAGCGCGACUGCGCUAAAAAAUUUGUAACUAUUAGCUGAAGUACGAGUACGUGAAACAAUUUUUACGUACACUGAAUAAUUCUAUCCGUUCGUACUCGAGCCCUACAAACUGCAAGUUUGCAACUAUUAGUUGAAGUACAAUAAGUACGCUGAAUAAUUUUAAUUAAUGCCGAGAAAAAUCUGUUCACUGUGUAUAAUUCCAUUUCCAUAAGAGCAUGCGUGAUAUUUGUACUUAGUUGUUGAUUUGAUAUUAUUCUGAAUCAAUUUGGAAUUCAAUAAGUUCACUGAUCAUUGGAUCAUUCGCGGUCGAAUUCAAAAGUUACGCUGAUUGAUUUAGUCAAAUUGACUAGCAUAUUUUGUGAUUAAAAUUUUAAUCACAACACAGAAUAAACAAAUAAUUUAGCCGAUAUCUGUAUUAUAUUGCUUGUUAAAUUGAAUUAUUUAUGACGCCAAAUUCAAAUUGUCAAUAGAUCACAAAAUAUGUCAUAAUGUCAUGCUAUUUGCGGCAGCGCUUUGAUUUGAAAUAAGAAUUGAAAUGUAAUUAAUGUGGAAUUGAAGCAGGAAUACGUUUUUAAAGAUCGAUUAAUGUGAGACGACUUUCAUUGUUUUUUCAAACAAAACUAUGCAUCAAAUAUAAUAAUGCUUCAGUGCGAUUAUAUCAAUUGAACUGAUCUGAUCAUUACUUUGUUUUCACUAGAUUUUCUUAUAAAUUUAAGUUGUAGGUUAUAAAAGAAAAUGCCAUUUAACUGUAAAAGUUGCACAAAUUGAAAAAAAAAAUAGAUCUAGUCGUAAAGUGCACUGAUUGGAUACUGAACAAGGAAUGGAUGUAAUAUAUUUUUAAAUGGACGAAUGAAUUUCAGAAAUCAAUAUUAUUUGAUAGGAUUAAUAAAAUAAUGAUUGAACAAUUAAUGUUUCAAUAUAAUAGUCCUCGAAUUGAUUAUUAUGUAAGUAGGAAUCAAAAUAUUUAGUAAAAUGUUUUGUACUAUAUAUUUAAAUAUAUGUAAAUAUAUAAUAAAUAUACAAAUGCAGCACAAUAUACCUUAUGCUUAGCUCUGUCUUGGAAAAUGCACUAUAAAAUAGGAAAAUGCAAUAUUCAUAUAUAGAAAAGGUAGUUAAAAUGCCAAAAUCAAUUCAAAAGCAAAUUGUUUAUGGGUGCAGUUGUUUCUAUUAUAUAUAUAGAAAAAUAAUUAUUAAAUGUCAAUUUAGUAAAAUUAAUUUAAACCUAAGCUGUCUUUGGAUAGCCUUGUUAAGGGCAUUAUGUAUGUAUGUAGUUAAGCAAAUGUUUAACAUAUUUAAUAUGUAUAUUGAAAAAUUAUAAACUAGCAUUAUUCUUUAUUAUUAAAAGCAAUACGAUUCGCUUACAUUAAAAAAUGUAUAUAAUACCAUUAAUUAAAUGUACGACCUGUGGAAUAGGAAAAUGUAAUAAUCAAUUGUCUUAAUUUAAUUUCAACUACUUUUAAUUUUGAAAUAUAUUGUUUGAAACCGCCUUAAAUUAGAAAAAAAAUUGGUAUAAUUUUUAAGAUUGGCUUCUUUUCUCAGCUGUUAGUCCAUCGGGAACUAAAAUAAUUUUAUUGUGUGUGUGAUUUUUGAAGGCGGUUCCAAAAAAUAAUAAUUUAAUACUUAAUUAUUUUUAUUGACUUAGGAUAUGUAUUCAACGACUCCUUGUAUUCUUAAGGGUAUUUUUUCUUUAAAUACGCUAUACAGUAUUAUAAAAAUAUGAACUAUUAGGUAAAACAAUUUGUUUUAAUUGUUACACACAUCAGUAUCCUAAAUGUAAAUAUAAAGUAUAAUAUAUAUUAUGAUUUAUGAGGUCACGUAAUGCACUUAAUUCAGUUAUUACUUGCUGUUUUCUAAAUAAGCAUACCGUAACGAGAAUUAAUUUUGAACAGCCUUAUAAUUCAUAAAUUUGAUUAAAAGUAACUAUACUUAUGAUGUGAAUCAGGCGUACGCUGUAAACAUUAAACAACGGCCCGAUUCGAAGAAUGAAAUACGAUAACGAUAAGUUCUGGUUUAGAUAAGUUCUCAUUUAGACAUCGUUUGUAUGUCGUACAAUUGACAGAAGCAGCUCGAUUCAGGCAUCCAAUGUCACUUUGACGUUAGAAAUAUCGUAGACAGAUCUUAUUGGGAUCACAGUAGAAUCGAAAUAAACGUCAAUUUUGACAUGUCGUUUAGUUAUCGAUCUUUUAAAGAUCUUUCCAAGAUGUUAAAAGUGUCUUAAUCAUUCUUCGAAUCGGGCCGCAAGUUUAUUGUUAACCACAAUACAUUCUUACCUCCGCUUCAAGCGGUAGACCAACACGGACCCAGCCAAAAUGCCCAUCGUUUGCACCGUCGUCGUAGCGAACGAAACGCUUUAGGGCCGCCGCUAGCUGACGCGAAUUAUCCGGAACGGAC